AUGUCGGUUAUGCUCACGAAGUUCGAGUCUAAGAGCAACCGUGUCAAAGGACUCGCCUUCCAUCCCACUCAACCAUUGCUCGCGGCUUCUUUGCACAAUGGUAGCGUGCAACUGUGGAACUACAGGAUGGGCGUGCUGGUGGAUCGGUUCGAGGAGCAUGAAGGUCCGGUACGCGGCGUCGCUUUUCACCCUAGCCGCGCUCUCCUCGCUACGGGUGGAGACGACUACAAGAUCAAAGUGUGGGACAUCCGGCCAACAAACCGCCGCUGCCUCUUCACUCUCCAUGGACAUCUCGACUACGUUCGUACCGUGCAGUUCCACCAUGAAAUGCCGUGGAUGUUGUCCUGCUCCGACGACCAGACGAUUCGGAUCUGGAACAGCACCUCGCGCAACUGCAUCGCCAUUCUUACCGGCCACUCGCACUACGUGAUGUCUGCCCAGUUCCAUCCCAAAGAUGACCUCAUUGUGUCCUCGUCUCAAGACCAGACUGUACGCGUUUGGGACAUUUCUGGGCUCCGCAAAAACACCCCCAACACUGCUCCUGGCACCUUCGAUUCCUUCGACAAUUUCUCCACCGUCAAGUACGUUUUAGAAGGACACGACCGCGGCGUCAACUGGGCCUCUUUCCACCCAACUCUUCCUCUCAUUGUCUCUGCGGCGGAUGACCGGCAAAUCAAGAUAUGGAGAAUGAGCGAGACGAAGGCUUGGGAGGUGGAUGCAUGCCGAGGUCACUUCAACAACGUCUCCACUGCUCUUUUCCAUCCGAAACAUGAGCUCAUCGUAUCCUGCGGUGAAGACAAGACCGUGCGCGUCUGGGACUUGACCAAACGAUCCGCUGUGCAGACUUUCCGGAGAGAGCAUGACCGCUUCUGGGUGCUUGCGGCCCACCCAGAGCUCAACUUGUUCGCUGCAGGUCAUGACAACGGUUUGAUCGUCUUCAAGCUUGAGCGCGAGCGGCCAGCCUUUGCAAUGCACCAGGACACCUUGUACUACAUCCGCGACAAGUACGUGCGUGCAUACGACAUCAACACCGGCUCCGACAUUGGGCUCCUCUCCGUCCGCAAAUUCGGUAGCCCCUAUGUCCCUCCUCGCACUCUCAGCUAUAACUCGGCGGAGCGUGCCGUGGUCUUGACCAUCUCUUCCGACAACGUGAAAGAUUCGUCGUCGGAUGGGAAGCGGGGAAGUGGGCAGGCGGCAAUUUUUGUGGCGAGGAACCGAUUUGCGGUGCUCAACAAGGCGACUCAGCUCAUCGAGGUCCGCGACCUGUCCAACUCGGUCGUGAAGAGCAUCAAACCGCCAGUUCAGACCAACGAGAUCUUCUACGGCGGCACAGCGAGCCUGAUCCUGAGUUCCUCUGCUUCUGUCGUGCUCUAUGACAUCCAACAACAGAAAACUCUGGCGGAGAUCACUACGCCCCCGGUGAAGUACGUCAUCUGGAGUGCAGAUGGCUCCCUAGUCGCUCUACUCAGCAAACAUACCAUCACGAUCGCCAACAAGAACUUCUCCCAGCACACUCUGAUUCACGAGACCAUCCGUAUCAAGUCCGGUGCAUGGGAUGACGCUGGUGUCUUCAUCUAUUCCACCCUCAAUCACAUCAAGUACUGCCUUGCCCAAGGAGACCAUGGUGUCAUCUGCACUCUGGACAACCCCGUCUACCUCACGCGCAUCAAGGGCAAGACCGUCCACUGCCUUGACCGCUCUGCCCGGCCACGUACCAUCACGAUCGACCCCACCGAAUACCGGUUCAAGCUAGCCCUGCUACGAAACAAUCACGAAGAAAUGCUGUACAUUAUCCGCACCUCUAAUCUCUUGGGCCAGAGCAUCAUCGCGUAUCUGCAGCAAAAGGGCUUCCCUGAGAUCGCAUUGCACUUUGUUCAAGACAAAAACACGCGCUUUGAUCUUGCUAUCGAGUGCGGCAACCUCGAAGUUGCGCUGGAGACUGCACAAGCUAUCGAUCGGCCGGAGUGCUGGGAGCGUCUCGCUCAACAGGCCCUCAAACAGGGGAACCACAAGAUUGUCGAGAAGGCGUAUCAGCGCACGAAGAACUUCGACCGGCUUUCGUUCCUGUACCUCGCCACGGGAGCCACCGACAAGCUGACCAAAAUGCAGAAGAUUGCGGACGCCCGUGGAGACCCCAUGUCGCGCUUCCACAAUGCGCUGUACGCAGGCGACGUCAUGGGCCGGGUUGCUGUGCUCAAGGACGUUGGGAUGUAUUCCCUUGCGUAUUUGACUGCGAAGACCAACGGUCUCGAUGAUAUUGCACUUGAGAUCCUGGAGACAGCAGGUCUUACGGAAGCAGAUGUGGACGACGUUCCCUCGUUCGGGCAGUCUACCCUCAAGCCACCCCCCAUGAUCACCCCUACUACCAACUUCAACUGGCCUACCGCAAUGGCCAACGGGAACCUUGAAGGCGGUGCUGACAUCGCGUAUAUGAAUGGAGUCGACAGUGGGGCCGCUGCUUCUGCCGCCCUCGACGACUGGGCCAAGGACGAGGAGGCCGGGGAAGACGUUGCCGCGGAGGAGGGUGCCUGGGACCUUGAUGCCGAUGCCGAAGAGGAAGCCGAAGAGGAAGCACAAGUGGAGGAGGUCGAAGAAGAGGCAGAUUUGGGCGCAGGCGCUACGCCCGGCGUCCCGGAGACCGAGUUGUGGACACGCAACUCGCCCUUCGCCGCCGAUCACACAGCCAUGCAGCUGCUGAGCCGCCAAUUCGGCAUCAUCAACUUCGAGCUCCUCAAACCCGUGUUUCUGUCCACCUACCGUUCCUCGCAUGUCUACCUUUCCCCUAUGGCUUCCCUGCCUCCCCUGCAACUGCACCUCCGACGCAACCCGGGGGAGUCGUCUUUAGGCCGUGUCCUCCCUGUUGCUGUGCGCAGCCUAGCGUCGGUCAAGGCGGAGUUGUCGGAAGGUUUCCGUGCCGUUUCUGGGAACAAGCUCUCUGAAGCGCAGGUUGUCUUCCGCUCUGUUCUUCAUAACCUCCUCCUAGUCCCCAUCACAUCAGAUGCAGAGGCAAAGGAGUGGCGUGAUUUUGUCACGCUCGGACGCGAAUACCUUCUCGGUGUCACCCUCGAAAUCGAGCGUAGACGAGUCGCGCAAGAGACCCCGGACAACGUCAAACGGAGUUUGGAGCUCGCCGCGUACUUCACGCACUGCAACAUGCAGCCCGCCCACCUCCAGAUUGCUCUGCGUAGCGCGAUCGGUGUCUUUGCGAAGGCGAACAACCACGCCACGGCGGCCAAGUUCGCAAGGCGGCUGCUGGACCUCAACCCCGACCCGAAGAUUGUGUCACAGGCGCGGCAGCGCAUCGCGGCGGGCGACCGCAACCCGCGGAACACGGUCGAGAUCGACUACGACGAGUUCACCGACUUCGAGGUCUGCGCCGUGAGCUUCACGCCGAUCUACAAGGGCUCGCCCACCGUCCGGUGCCCAUACACCGACGCGGCGUACCUGCCGCAGUUCAAGGGCCAGCUCGACCCACUCACGCAGCUCACGGAGAUCGGCGCGUCGGCGGCGGGCCUGCCUGCGCCCCGGUCAUAG